AUGGACAAAAUAGCUGUUUUGAUGGGCAAAGAAGUGCUCAGCAUCGUUAAGGGGCGAGUCUCAACAGAACUUGAUGCUAGAUUGGCAUUCGACAAGGAGGCACAAAUUACAAAAGCCCUAGAUAUCAUCAAGCUCUACAAGGAAGAAGGAAUUGAUAAGAACCGAGUUCUCAUCAAAAUACCUGCAUGCUGGGAAGGAAUUCAAGCGGCAAGCGUACUCGAAAGUAUGUAUGGUAUACAUUGUAAUAUGACGCUGUUAUUCAAUUUUUAUCAGGCUGCUGCAUGUGCGGAUGCCGGUGUAACAUUAAUUUCACCAUUUGUGGGCCGCAUCCGUGACUGGUACUUAAAAAAUACGGAUUCAAAGGAUUUCACUCGGGACAAUGAUCCUGGUGUUCAGGUGGCUAUUUUUUAG